UCAACCUAGGAGGCUGACGUAUCCCGCACAGUCAGUGCAGAACUGGGUUGCAAUAUCAAUAACAAGCGGCAUAAUACCGCUGGAUAAUCGGCGUUACGUGCUUUUAAAUACAGGAAUCCUCUGAGGCCUAAUGAAGGAGAUUUGUAUGGGUUUUCACAGCCAUAUGCUGGUAAGAAGAAUGUGUCACUUAGUUUAGUGGUUUCGUUAUCUAUAAGGAGGGCGUUGCAUGAAAGGCAGAUAGGAGGCAUAAGGUACACGGACCGAAGCAUGCCCUUCAUCGAGUGCAGUGCGCGUUUCUAGCCAAAAUCGGGUAAUUCAGAGUGAUGCAUUUGAAUGUUAAUGACUAGAAUACGUGGAUUUUCGUUUUAUUGUUGUAAUACUGAGGGACACUGUAAAAUAUUAGAUAAACCAAACAAAUCAAAUGCGAAAAUGCGAAUUGGAUGGCCAACCUGAUGUUCACCAUCGCACUUAUCCCCGCGUCUGCCGCGUUGCUAUGCUGUGAAGCUGGUCGUGAUAACGGGGACUCGAGCCAUGCUUCCCGGGGUCGGAGUGUUUGGCACCAGCUUGACUGCGCGGGUUAUUAUUCCCCUUUUGAAGAACGAAGGAUUCGCCGUCAAGGCAUUAUGGGGACGAACUCAGGAGGAAGCGGAGGAGCUGGCCAAGGAAAUGGACGUACCAUUUUAUACCAAUAAAAUCGACGAAGUUUUGCUUCAUCAGGAUGUGGACUUAGUAUGCAUCAACCUGCCGCCACCUUUGACGCGGCAGAUUGCCGUCAAAACAUUAGGCAUCGGUAAGAAUGUGAUCUGUGACCGCACUGCAACGCCGUUGGAUGCCUUCCGCAUGAUGUCGGCCGCGCAGUACUACCCUAAGCUGCUGAGCAUCAUGGGCAACGUGCUGCGCUUCUUGCCCGCUUUCGUGCGGAUGAAGGAGCUGGUGGAGGAGGGCUACGUGGGGGAGUUGCUGGUCUGCGAGGCCCAGGUCCACAGUGGCAGCCUGCUGGGUAAGAAGUACAACUGGAGCUGCGAUGACCUGAUGGGUGGCGGGGGGCUGCACUCCGUGGGCAGCUACAUCAUCGACCUGCUCACCUUCCUGACGGGCCAGCGGGCGGCCAAGGUGCACGGUUUCCUCAAGACCUUCGUCAAGCAGACGGAGCACAUCUGCGGCAUCCGCCAGAUCACCAGCGACGACUUCUGCACCUUCCAGAUGGUGCUGGAGGGCGGGGCCUGCUGCACCGUCACGCUCAACUUCAACGUGCCCGGCAACUUCCGCCAGGAGGUGAUCGUAGUGGGCACGGUGGGACGACUGACCGUCAGUGGGACGGACCUUUAUGGCCAGAAGAACACCACGGAGGGAGGUCCGGAGCUGCUGCUGAAGGACAACACCCCGCUGGAGAAGGCCUCCCUCCCGGACAAGGCUUUCAGCGACAUCCCCUCCCCCUACCUGACGGGAACCAUCCGCAUGGUGCAGGCUGUGCGGCAGGCCUUCCAAGACCAGGACGACCGGCGCACGUGGGACGGGACGCCGCUGACGAUGGCGGCCACCUUCGAGGACUGUUUGUACGCGCUGUGCGUGGUGGACACCAUCAAGAAGUCGAACCAGUGCGGCGAGUGGCAGAGCAUUGAGGUCAUGAAGGAGGAGCCGGAGGUGAGCCCGGCGUACCUGAUCAGCGAGGCCAUGCGGCGCAGCAGGAUGUCACUCUACUGCUAGCCACGACACCACCACAGACCACCUGGUGCUAGACUGCGGAGGGAGCUGUCACUGUGCCCUUAUUUGGCUGGCUGUCCGACCAAUAUGGGAUAUGGUAUGGGUUCUUGUUCCCUGGUCAUCCUCCCUUAAAAAACAGUGAUGUGUGAACUGCAAUGAGUUCCCUUCAGUGUCUUUGUCCCCUUUCCUGCAUGAUCUGUUCUGGGCCACCGCGCCUCACAUCAUGGGUCCGAGACUGAGGGCGAAUAAAGAGCAACUCCAAAAGGAUAAAGCUGUUGCUAUUAAUGCUACAGACGGGACAUCGCUGUGGUCUCCCUGUACCUCUACUGAUGUGUGGGUAUGAAACCCAGGGGGCUCCAGCGCUUUGGUCCCUGUCUCUGUGUGUCGAUUGUGUGUGUGCGAAACCAGAGAGCGAAAACACUGAAAAAUCAAUAGUUUGGCUGGUAGGGCUUUUAAUGAGGUCCCUCCCUACGGUAAAGUAUGCAAUAAAUCUAGAGUUCCAGGCUAGAGGAAUGAUGUCAUCCUGCCUGAACCAAGGGAAUGCCUUUUCAUUGCCUGUUUCAAGUUUUUUUUUGUGGAAUCACGCAUUUAUGCAAUUGACAGACACGCAUUAUCUGUAGAAGGUGAUAUAAUCCUGCGCUACGCAGUUGUUUAAGUGUAGGCGCGUGUUUUCUACCCCCGUGUUUCCACUCUCAAGGUCAUCGCGUACUUUAGGCAGCUCGGUUAGCGUUUGCAUGCACUGAAGCUUCGCGCUCAGCAGCGAAAAUGUGAAGUAAAACCAUCAGUUACAGCGUCCUUUAAUGCAUGAAUGGGAUACUAGCAUGCAUGAACCUUUCAGCUUUACACAGACUCCCCUAGCAACUCUCAGCUGGUAGGGGUAACUGGCUGCAUAGUCGGUUGGAAUAUACCGUAUGGCUUAGUGCCACUAAGGGCAAAUAGAACGUGGCCUAAAUUUCUUAUCUUGACUGAAGACUACUCAUUUUACAUGUAUUCAUCCGCAUUAGUUAUUGGAGAGACUGGUGGAAUAACACAUUAACCUAAGAGCCAAAACGUUGAUUUUUUAUCACGCUCUAACCUACUGUUUCUGAUUUGUGUUCUCAAAUUAUGCUGCAUCAACAUCUGCACAACCCUACUUAUUUCUUGUAUAUAGGAACGUUUAAAAUGAUAAACGUGUAUUUUAUUUGUUUUUAAGCUACCUGCAAAAAGACAGGAACCUGAAACAUGUUUUGAUACACACACUGUUUGGUAUUUAUUUUUACCUGAGGACUGAUUGGUACUGUAUGGGGAGGGUUGUCUAGUCAGUGGAAGACAUGGGGAUUGGGGGGGAGAGGCCUCUGAGCACUAAGUUCUUGUCCUUUGUGUGGGGGGUCUAUAGAAAAUAAUGUACAUUCGCAUUUAAGUAAUUUAGUUUACCAGAGCCACCUACAGCGGUAAAUACAGAAGAUACUUCUGAAUCAUGUAGUUCUCCUUUGUAUUUAGUUUUGAGGUGCAUCCAUUUUAAGGAUUAUGUUAACUUUCUUCGCUUUUAUGGCAUUUUGAAAUUAGCCUCCGUCCGGUCCAGUUGUAUUGUUCUGCGUUUAUGCUUCACCAAUGUGAUGUAUUGUUAUUGACAGUGGAUUUGGGGAAAAUGGUUCUCUUUCAGACAUUUCCCAAUUACCAACUAACAACACACAGAGUACUCCUCAUCUGCCUUAGCUGGGACUCUAGCAGCACUAGGAUAAUCUCAGAUUGAGUAAUCAGACAGGUCCAGAUUCUGGCCUCAUUGAAACCUGAUAAGAUAUCACACUCACAACACAUGACUGGGCUAAUUUGUACAUAAGUUUAUCACAAGAGGACCUUACCUGUGUCCACUGAGACCUCUUGUAACAAACAUCAUUUGAUCUGUUCUAUGAAAAUGUUGAUGUCUGAUUUUGGUCUUAAUUCUCAGUCCUGGACAGGGCCUGUAUUGAUAUAGCGCCUCAGAGGAGGAGUGCUGAUUUGGUAUCAGAUUUCGUCCAUCUUAUUUGUUAAUAUCUUCGAAGUAAAUCUGAUCCUAGAUGCUUUGUUCAUAUCGGCCUCGGCCUGUGUAAGAGUCCCCAGUGACAUGGUGGUCUUCCAUCAGAGAGAGGGAGGUUCACCAUCCAAAGAGCAUUUAUUACAGGUGCUGUAUAUUAAUUUGACCAUUUCAUUGUUACAGUAAUUUUUCCAAACUGCAGUUAAAUACAAAUUCUGAGGUAUAAAAUACUUGGGAAGUAUUCCGAUCCAGACUCAAUGUGAUGUAGACUGUAACGUCCAGCGUAUGGCGUAGUGUUUGGAUGGAGCAGGGAGUUUGAGCAACCAGACAAUAUGAUUCCCUGUUGAGGCCUUACGGGAAGGACGUAGGACCAAUGGUUUAAUCCCCAGUCCACCAGUCUGGCUGGAACCCUAUAGCUUUGCAGUACAGAACAAAAAUCUCAGAAGAAAAAAUAUUUAAAUCUAACAGUUAAUGCCAACCCUCGAAAAAACGUGACUGUGAACACUGCUAACUCACAUUUAAUAUAUUUCCCCAAAUCCUAAUUUUUGUCAGGUGAAAUAGAAUAGAUACAAACUACAGAAGACUCCCUGUGAGGUUUUAUUCCUGCACACAGUUGCGUUUUAGGGUUAAUCUUGAUGAGAUGUCCAGAGGCUGUUUACUUGGGCCAGUCCGGACAAAACUGGGUUAGGGAUUAUUUUAAUAUUAUAUGUGAAAUUAUAAUUUGCUGGUGUGUUAGAUUUCAUGCAAUGGUUGUCAGUUAAAUUAUGUACUGUUUAAUUUAAUGUUUUUAUGCUAUAAUUCUAUUUUUGUAUUUUUUCUUAAUCAAGUAGAUGUUUCAGGUCACAGCUAAUUUGUUGAAGCUUUAUGAUAAAAAUGGAAAUGGAUUUCAAUGGAAAGCUGUAUUGACGUGAAAUUGCAACUACUGGAAUAAUCUUACUGUAGUGACUACAACUGGAACAUGUGUAUAUUACUGUACCUGAAGGUGUUACCCUUGAACUCAGUAGAUGUCUUUUAACUGUACGCUUUGGAGUCACCGUCUGUCUGUAUGUGUGUUUGAUUCAAAAAAUAGUCAUAUUGCCAAUUCGUUAGUCAUUGCUCAGUUAGACUGUGGCUUCUAAUGGUGCAUCCAGCUCUAAAAAAAGAGAGAAAAAACUUGAAACGCAGGGGAGAUGUUACACUUUGCAUUGUUAAGUGUGUGUGCUUGUUGUACUUCGUUUGCUGAAAGGUGAAUAUUUUAGAUGUUCUCCUUGGUAUGCCAGCAUUUACAAACAACGGUUGCAAUUGGGGGUUUAUAACUUUAAAAUGUGGUUCGGUCAUAUGACUCCUCCGUGCCCACUCUCCCAGACUCGGAGGGGGACAGGUCUGUUCAUAAUGAGAGAAGCAGCCUCAAAGAGGUGCUUCUUGUGCACACUCAGUUCGUCACCUAGCAACCAGCGUGGCAGCCACAGUGCCAAAACUCAGCGCGCCCCCCCCCCAGCCUCGUUCUUUCAUCUGUCUCAGUCUCUCUGUCUGUGUGUCUCUCAUUUAGUCCGACUGAGCCGCGGCAUCGAGGCACAGCAGGUGGGUUAGGCCAGUGAUGACAUCCAUCAUUAUCAGUUUUUCCCAGUUGUUUCCUAUGAUCUCUAACAAGGCCGGUCUCUCCCUCUAUCUCUGUCUCCAUCUGUUCCUCCCUGUCUCUAUCCCUCGCUUUCUCUCUUUUUCUGUCUCCCUCCUUUCUUCUCUGUCCAUGCAUUAGGUUCACCAUUGUGUGAUUUUAAACAAUGUCACAGACAAACCGGCCCCCUGGCAAGGAAGCUGACAUAAAGUCAUCUAACUAAAAAUAGAAUAAAAUGUUGAUAAUGGUAUUUUCAGCUGUCAUUUCCCAUGCUUUUAGUUUUUCCUUCACACUGAGGAAACCCUAAACCUUUCUUCUCUUUGCCCGACUUUUUCCUUGACUCAUGGCCGGACAACAGACAGCGAUCUGGCCCGAUUGUCCCGGACCCUUUGUUUACUGGACUCAGGAGGUCAGAGGUGGUGACCAUGGUGACCACAGAAAACGGCACCAUACACUAUUCCCUAGGGUCUGUCUCUGUAUAUGUCCAUCGACAUCUUUCUUUAUGUCUCUGUACUUCUGUGUCUCUCUGUCACUAUACAGUACUUUGCAAUGGUUUUAGGCACCUGAAAGGCAAACUAAAGCCAUUUAUUUGGGUAGUGUUUGUAAAUAUAUGGAUAUUUAUAUAUAUAUAUUUGACUUUCAGGUGCCUAAGACUUGCACAGUACUGUAUGUCUCUAAAUGUCUGUAAAUGCUGGCAUGUUUAAGGAAAUGUCCAUCCUGAUGCUGUAUUGAUGUUAUUUGGCUAUUUAUUGUACUAUUAUGUAUAUCGUGGACGCAUGGACCUUUGUAUAUAUUUUUAACCAACAGGCGCAUAUUUAUCAGACUUAAACUAGAGAAUGUACUGUAGAAAUAUAUUUAUAUCUAUAUUUUCUAUAUAUCAAGAAAAUUACAGCUGUGGUUGGUUGUUGGGUGAAAAAUGUGUGUUUGGGGUGGGGUGGGGAGGGGCCUGAAUGUCAUUAUUGGCUGUCAUCUUUGCUCUGUUUUCUGUAUAUGAAAAGGCAUGAUUGUGUGCGUCUGUUAAUGGAGGGGCGCUUCAUUCCCCGGGCUGGCUCUGUCAGUGUCCUUAUGUCAGUGUUGUAAUGUGUGAUCUCUCUACUCUAGUGGUCUGCAUCGCUACGGUCUGUCUGUCUGUUCAUGGGAGUAUGUGCGUUUGAAAAAACCAAGAGAUGGUGAGAGAGUGUUUGUGUUUCUUGGGGAUGAUGUGUCUCGUUUUGAACCAUUUGCCCCGUUUUUCAUGAAAGCCUGCACCUACAUGAUUUACUUGUCCGAUGCUGCCGUUUCUAUGGAGUAAAAAAAAACAUUUAUCCUA